UGGCAACCUUUCGCUUUCUUGAUCCGUCAGUCCACGCUGUCUAGGGGAACUGGCACGUUUCUUGUUUUCAAAUAUUUGAAAACCCUAUAAUAUUAAGCAAAAUGAUGUCCAGACUGUUAUGUCGAACUGCUGCACGUCAGUUGAGUACUGCCACCAAAUUCCCAGCAGGAGCAGCUGAGAGUCCUGCUUCAGCAUGGGGAGGCAACCUGAAACUCAAGGAAACAGAUCCAGAACUCGUGGACAUCAUUGCUCAGGAGAAGGACAGGCAGCACAGAGGACUCGAACUGGUAGCCUCAGAGAAUUUUACAAGUACAUCAGUCAUGGAUUGUCUAGGAACAUGUCUCACUAAUAAGUACUCCGAGGGAUACCCAUUUAGAAGGUACUACGGAGGCACUCAAGUCAUUGACAAGCUGGAAACUCUGUGCCAAGAUAGAGCGUUGGAGCUGUUUGACCUUGACCCAGCGCAGUGGGGCGUCAACGUCCAGCCAUACUCUGGCUCACCAGCCAACUUUGCUGUCUAUACCGGUCUUCUUCAGCCUCACGACAGGGUGAUGGGAUUGGAUCUCCCUCAUGGUGGACAUUUGACCCAUGGCUUCAUGACACCCUCCAAGCGUGUAUCGGCGACUUCCAUCUACUUUGAGUCUAUGCCCUACAGGCUCAAUGAGAAAACUGGUCUAAUUGACUACGACAAGCUGGAGGAGACAGCAAGGUUAUUCCGGCCAAAGCUUCUCAUCGCUGGCUACUCAGCAUAUCCCAGGAAGCUGGACUAUGCUCGUUUCAGAAGCAUUUGUGAUGAGGUCAAGUCCUACUUGCUGUCUGACAUGGCCCAUAUCGCCGGUCUGGUUGCAGCCAAGAAGUUCCCCUCCCCAUUUGAGCAUUCUGACGUUGUGACCACCACCACUCACAAGACCCUCCGAGGACCAAGGUCUGGAAUGAUCUUCUACCGUGUUGGUAAGAAGGGCACACAUCCCAAGACUGGCAAGGACAUCAUGUAUGACUUUAAGUCCAGGAUCGACGAAGCCCUGUUCCCCGGACUACAGGGUGGACCACACAACCCCCAGAUUGCAGGAGUAGCCACUGCCUUGAAACAGGCAAAUACUCCCAUGUUUCGAGAGUACCAGGAUCAAGUUCUGAAGAACUGUAACGCCCUUGCUGAAAGACUCAUGGAGAAAGGAUAUACUCUUGUCACAGGUGGCACGGAGAAUCAUCUAGUCCUGGUUGACCUUCGACCCAUGGGUGGUGACGGGACAAGAGCCGGUCUGAUCCUGGAUGAGGUCUCCAUCACCAUCAAUAAGAACACCUGUCCUGGAGACACCAGCGCCCUAAGCCCUGGGGGUAUUAGGAUUGGUGCUCCUGCUAUGACCUCUAGAGGAUUCAGUGAGGCUGAUUUUGUUAAGUGUGCUGACCUAGUCAAUGAAGGCAUCCAGAUCUCUCUUGAAAUCAAUGGCAAAGUUGGCAAGAAAUUGAAAGACUUCAAGACCUGUCUUGCCAACGACCCAGAAGUUGCAGCCAAGAUCAACGACUUGAGGACUAGGGUAGAAGGCUUCACCAGACAGUUCCCCAUGCCAGGAUAUUAAUUGGCUCUGAAGCACACAGCACCCUCUAUGAUCCUACCAAGAUAUGGUUUUGGAAGAAAUUGCAAUAUCAUUAAAAACUUUUUGAGAGAAUGUAAAUCUGUUUGAUUAAGAUUCAUAAUGGUCAUAUGAAGAGUAAAAUGUUGGGUAUUGUAGUCAUUCCAUUCACAGAAAAGGCUCACUCACCUGAGAAUCAUAGUGACGUCAGACCAGUGACAAGUCCUUGUUUUAUGAUGAUUUUGCCUUUUUCUCGAAGACAUGCAAUACGUCACACUUUUUAUUAAUUCAUUAUUUCAAUGGCUAUUAGGAAAUCAAAUCAAUGCAGGUUUCACAUGUUUUCUUCUUCAUAUUUAAUGGUCUUGCAAUAUGUUACAGAGUCAAGUCUGGAUCAUACAGUGUUCUGUGAACUUUGAUUGGUAUCACAACCAAUAUGGAACCUCAUGACUUACUUGGUGUGAAGCAAGGUCAAAGGUCAUGAUUACAUCAUCAUCCUCCGAGAGCCAGAAUGUUGUUAACUUUCCUUACAAAGAUUUAACACUUCUUUGACUCUCAGGAGGCAUGAGUGUUGGUUCGGGAUUCAGUGUGUGUGUGUGUGUAUGUACAGAUAUUCAGCAUUAUUGUGUAAUAUCAUGUAAAUAGGGACUCCACAUAGGAAGUACAUGUCCCUCAUAAAGACGGCAAUAGAUUUGAGCUUCUCGACACCCCAGACAUCAUUAAUUCCAUUUCCACAAGGUGAAAUGUAAACCGUCUCAAAUAUAAACAAAUUUAGUCAUGAGGACACGUCAUGAGGUUUUUAAAUAUAAGGGCUACUUUUUGCUCAUAUUUUUAUCAAAAUAUAUCCUAAUAAGUGGAAUUUCCCUUAACGCCAGUGGUAUAGAAAAUGAUUUCAAAUUCACCUAUGUGAGUUAUUGAAAUUUAAAUGAAAAUUAUAAUUGGACUGAUGACACAAAUGUUUUCCUUUUUCAUCAUUGGUGUUAAGGAAUUUUUGUUUAUCCCGGCAAGACUAAAUAUUUUACCUUUUGCACUGAAAAAACAUUCAAACCACUCAAAACCACUGUAUUAUUGAAAACCAUUUGCUGUUUCUACUCUUGAGUAUUGUCAUUACAUUGUAAUAUUUUAACUACCGGUAUGUAGAGGAACCAUACCUUGUACUCUGUCCAUAUUUUGAAGUGCAUUCAUGUGUUAUUGUUCCAUCACUAGCAAUUUUUCUUCCCAUUUUAUUGGCCUUUUUAAUGUAUUUCUUAAUGUUAUUUAUUAGCUGAUAGAUCUGUAGAAAUAUAUUGCUAUUUUUAAAAAAAAGUUACAGAAAUCAUGUGUAAAAAGUCAUGCAUAUGUUCCACAUUGUGCCAAAUUCCGCAAACUGUUUGAAAGCCUCCUACCGAAGGAUUGGUUGCGGCUGUAGAAUCAGGAAUUACAAUUAUUGUGCCCGUUUUCUUUAAAAAAAAUUGUUUGUGGUUGCUUAAUUUGGUUGCUUAAAUCGUAAAUGGAUUAUAUUAAUGCUCUUUUUGUGACGUAACUUGGAUAUUUCAAUUUGAGGUGCUAAACUCUUGACUGGUCUGAGGUCUCUUUUCAGCUUACAAAAAAUUGUGUUUGAUCAGAAUUAGAAGUAUCUACUCUCUUUUUUAAAAGAUUAUACAAGUGCUUUAUUUUUUCAUAUUUAAAUACACCUAGAUGUAUAUCUAGGUGUACUAUUCCGCAUUUCCUAUCAAGUUGAAUCAUUUUAGCUCCCUCAUUAUUGAUCUCCUAUGAAGUAAUCCUAUUUUGUGAUUUACUGCAAAUCAUUUUAGCCCAAUCUUGUGCAAUGUAUUGACAGUAAUGCAAGAGCUAGAAGCUAAAAAUCUGAUUUUUUUUCUCUCUCUCUUAAUGUGAUGGAGAAUGCUUGAUAUGUUGUUUUUUAUUCUUUUAAUCUUUGUGCUUAGCAUUUUUAUGUUUUUAUUCAUCAUUGAUGGACUUUUACGAAAAGUGUUUGAACCGUUUUAAGUUUGGAAAACAUGAAGGCAAGUUUAGGUAUUCUUUCUGUUUAAUUCUGAUUGUUAUGCAGCAUUCUGCAGCAUUCAUUGAAUAUCUAACUCUUGUGUUAUUAACAAAGCGAGAUAUCUAGAUCAUAUGCAAUUUAUAUGUGAGCAUAUAAGUCUGUCCACACUUGCAAUAUAUUUGUUUGAGAUCAGCCAUCCAUGUGUAGAAGCAUUAUGGCAUCUGAUAUCGAGAUCAUACAAGUGCUAUAAAGAAAAACAACAAAAAUUCAGAGCUGUGUGUUAUUACUUGAGCCAAUGAUGGGAGGUUUAAAUGUAGGCAUUCCAAUUCAAUGAUGAACAUCAAUUAUUUGUGAAUGAGGACUCAAAAAAUAUAUUCAUGAAGCGUCUUUUUAGCAGUGAUUUAAUGGUAUUUAUUGACAUAUUGUACUGCAGGCAUAUUCCAAUAUGUGUACAUGAGCUGUAUACCAAAUUUUGCUGUUUUUUUCUCCUGCCAUGAUUGGCAAUUAUCUUCAUUGUGGCUUUUGUUUUUAUUCUUCCCUUUUCUUUUAUUUUUCUGUAUCAUUUUUGCCUUUUUAUAUUAAAUAUUUCUCUUUAAAAGUGAAGUUUAAAAAAAAAAGAUUGUUCAUGUCUACUGCAUGUAAAAAGCAAUGGUUCAUGCUAGUGUUGUAGUCAAAUCCAGCCUUUGGGCCAUAUUUUAAUAGCAUUGACCUUGACCUUGGUCUCGGACCAAGUCACAUGUACAAAGCCUAUGAGAAGUAACCAUUUCUAGCAGCCUCGUAACUCAGAACUGGUAGCCCAAAGACUACAUCUUUGGAUCAGGCAUAAUUCUACUAAAUUGUAGUGCAUGCCAUUUCUGUGAUUAUAGUAAGAAUCGGGCAGUACUUGAUAAAUCAUACCUCAAUUUACAUAACUUGUAAUAUUUUAAAUGGAUGGUUAGUUAUUGUAGAUUGUUUGAAAACUUAAAGAGUGAAUUUAAAGCUGUGUGAAGAUGGCAUAAAUUCAUUCUUAUGACUUUUCUGUAAUAGUCCACAACAGAGUGUUUCAUAUUCGCUUUCCAUAUUCAUACCAUAAACGACAUUAUUUAUUCCAUCUAUCGCCUUAAGAGAUUGUGUGAUAACUACUUUGUAUAACCGCAAUUCAUGUUAAUAUUAUGGGAAUGUGAUGUUUCCAUAAGAACAGUACGAGUACAUUUUCCCUAAAUAACAGAGAUUCUAAUAGACAACCCAAUAGUGGUUAGACCCCUUUAUAUAAUUUCAUUUUUCUUUCAUUUUCGUUUUUAGUUAAGUAAUUAAUGGGGAACAAUUUCAAAUAAAUGACACUUUAAUACAAA